AUGGAAGGCAGUAAAUCGAUGAUUCGCACGGAUUCACUCUCCACGGAUCGUUUGAAUGGUGAAGCUGACGUAGAUCUCGUUUUAUGUCCGAUAUGUCAAAAUAUCCUGUCGAAGCCGAUCGCUUGUAAAACAUGCGAAAAUUCUUUUUGUUCGAAAUGUAUUCGUUUGUGGCUGAUUAAAAAGCCGAAUAUGUGCCCGUAUAACUGCCGUUUUGAGGCGCGGAAAUGUCCAGCGAUCCUCGUCACAUUGUUGUCGAAAUUAAAACUUGACUGCCGCCACAAAUCACAAGGGUGCGCUGCUGCUAUACCUUAUGAAGCUCUGGAGCAACACGAAUUACAACAGUGCGAUUAUCGAAUAAGACAAUGUCCAGGCUGUAAGCAGGAAAUGUUGAAAAAAGAUCUGGAUCUCCAUGAACAAGAGGGCUGUGAACUAGUGGAGUUAACAUGUUUAAAAUGUGACACAAUCUAUAACCAGCGGCAGCAGCACACCGAACUGCAAUGCCUGAAAAAGCAAAUUGUUAUGGUCAAAGAGAAACUUGAAGCAUCCGAUCGAACAUCAAAUACAAUGGAAUAUAACUACAAGAACAUGGAAGAAAAGUACAUACGAGAACAGAAAAACGAUGAUUACGCCAGGAGAAGACAACUAAAAGGCCAGCCGGACUAUUGUACGUAUAUAUAG